AUGGCUAAUAAUUCUCAAAUGAUGGAUAAUCUUUCCCUUAGCGGAGCACAGGUAGAUGAACUGGAAAAGGAACUUGAAGAAAAUCCUUUUAAUAUCCGAGCCCUUAGUGAAUUGGCUCAACAUUUCGCAAGUCAAGGGGACUAUGCAUCAGCAUGUCAGCACUACGAAAAAAUAGUUAGAGUAGAUGAAGAGAACGGUAAGGCCUGGACUGCCUUAGGACACUGUUAUCUUCUAAAAGGCGAAUAUCAGAAAUGUUUUACCGCUUAUCAGAAAGCUCUUUAUACUAUGGAAGAUAACCGAGAUCCCCAGCUGUGGUAUGGCAUCGGGCUCCUCUAUAAUAAAUUCGAAAGUUAUGAAUACGCAGAGCCUGCUUACCAAGCAGUUUUAAGGAUUGACCCUAAUUUUGAGCAAAAGCAUGAAGUCUUAUACAAAUUAGGGCUCAUCUAUAAGAAGACAAAAUCUUUUGAUAACUCCAUCACUUAUCUCAGAAAUGCAAUGGCAUGUGAAAAUGUCCCGAUUUCAAGAAAAGUUGAUGCAUUGUGCCAUAUAGGCAACUGCUAUGAAAAACAAGAGAAAAUGGACGAAGCGAUCAGUAUUUAUCGAGAAGCCCUGACCUUAGAUGAAAGCAAUUUUAAAACUAUGGAAUAUCUAGGAUGGGCCUUAAUGAACCACUCGGCCCAUGAGCAAGCUUUAGAAAUUCUCAACCGAGCCUUAGAGUUCGUUAAGGAAAAUUGCGCAGAGGCUGGUGACAUCCAUUACCUUGUCGGGAGAUGCUACUUGGACUUAAAAAAUUACCCAGAAGGCCAGUCAGCAUUUCAAAAAGCCAUUUAUAAAAACCCAAAUGCGUACAUAUAUUGGUGCAGCAUCGGCAUUUUAUAUGCCUUAGCAACCCAACCUCAAGACGCCUUUGAGUGCUUCGUAAAAGCCUCCAACAUUUCUCCAGAAUGUGGAGAUGUCUGGUUUAAUAUGGCUGUUCUAUACGAGCACUGCAAGCAAAAACAAGAAGCAAGUCUUGCCUAUCAGCGUGCCUUCAGCUUAGACAGUUCCAAUAAAAAAGCUAUUGAUAGAAAAACCAAACUUCAAGCUGGCGAUGAAACUUCGCCGAUCCCUGAUUUUAUCGGGUCCAUGCUAAUUACUGCAUUUUUUAUAGUGCAACAUUACUAGGGGAAUUUAUUCGAAAAUCUUUUGAUAGUGUGCUAUUUAAACGAAAAAACCAUUAUUUUCGGCCAAAUAUUAAAAUAUUUAAAAAUUUUCGACCAAAUCUUCUUCAAUAAAAUGCCCAAUAUUAAAAGCACACAAUCAUGGGCCUGCAUCCGAUUUUAUUCACCCUAUUUUUGAAGUAAGUGACGUCCCAUUCUCAAUCAAAAAGAACGACAAAGCCUUAAAACCAUUAAAAACGCUUCCUGACAUUAAAAAUUUCAGAAGAGAUGGAGAAAUAGAAGAAGAGAGGUCUGAAGGUCCUCAACAGGAAGAAGAAGAAGAAGAAGUAGACUUAGAAGCAGAAGAAGCAGAGGAGCCUUCAGAAGAAAAAAAAGUUAAAAAAGAAAAGAUAGAAGAAGAAAAUGUAGAAGAAGGAGAGGAAGAAGAAGAGGAAGAAAGUGAAGAGGAAGAAGACGAAGAGGAUGAAGAAGUUUCCAUUAAAAGCUAUGAAAAUUCAGGAUCUGAAGCAUCGUCAACAGAAAAAAGAAGAACUGAAGGGCCAAGGACAAGAAGAAGAGACUCUAUGCAAACUAGAAAAGCGUCGGCGCCACAAGCGGUAAGUCAGCCACCAUCUCAGCAGCAAAAGCCAAAACAGGCUCAGCCACAGCCUCGACCUUCAACCCCCGUGACGAGCUCAGUUACUCAGCCUCAACCUCAACAAUCCCCAGCUUCUCAAUUUCAGUCAAUGCCUCAAAUGAUUUUCCCACAACGACCAUCUACAGCUAAUCUCCCUCAGCCAUCCCCUAAAGUUGCAAAUACAAACCUUCCUCAAGCAAUUCAAAAUAAAGCUCCACAAGUUCCAACCCCUUCAAAGCCUCAAACAGCGCCAAUUUUCCCAUCAGGCAUGAGUCCAUUUGGAGCAAUGCCAAAUUUCCCAAUGCCACCAAACAUGCCAGGGAUGCUAAAUCACCCCCAGUCAAAUAUAUCACAACCAGGAAUGCCAAAUUUCCAGCUUCCACCUAGCAUGCCAAACAUGCCGAAUAUGCCAAACAUGCCAAAUAUGCAAAACAUGCCCAACAUGCCCAACAUGCCCAACAUGCCCAACAUGCCCAACAUGCCCAACAUGCCCAACAUGCCCAACAUGUCCAGCAUGCCUAACAUGCCAAGCAUGCCAAAUAUGCAGAAUAUGCCAAAUAUGUCUGGGCUUUCUUCACCAAUAGCAAAUUUAUAUACCUCAUUAUAUAUUAAGCUAUGAGCUAAAAAUGUUACCUAUUUUAUAGUAAAUUUUCACAGUUAGUCUACAGAUAUUAUUUUAAAUAGGUAUACCACCUAAUCAAUCUUCAAAUGUCCCUACAUCAGGAAUGCCAAAUAUGAGUGCACUUCAAGGAGGAAUGCCAAACUUCAAUAUUCCCAAUAUGCCUUCAAUGCCAAAUAACCCAAACCCUGGAAAUAUGCCAAAUUUCCCUGGACUUUCAGGGAUGCUAGGCAUGCCUGGUGGACCUAGCAUGAUGAUGCCUGGAAUGAUGGGGAUGCCUGGCCAGCCAGGAAUGAUGGGAAUGCCUCCUCAGUCAGGUAUGAUGUCUAUGCAAGGAAAUUCUCCACAGCCACAACAAGGAAAUAAUCAGCCAAACCAGCCUAAAGGUCCAGUUCAAGGAUUUAACCCUUAUCAGAUGGCAGCAUUAAUGAUGAAUCCGAUGUUGGCAGCUCAAAUGAUGUAUGGGAUGGGCCAAGUGCCAGGGAUGAAUCCUAUGAUGCCACAGAUGGGAAAUAUGCCAAUGGGAAACAUGCCUGGGUACCCAGGAGCCAUGCCAGGAGGUAUGCCAGGAAACCCACCUCCAAACAUGAAUAUGGCAAACUGGAUGCAAAACAUGAGGAUGCUUGCUCAAGCUAGACAACAAAUGAACCCUCAAAAUCCUGCCAAAAAAGAGCACGACGAAGACCUUGCAGAAGCUUUACUCUUCUUUUUAUAAUAAAACGACAUUUUAAAUCCUAAAAUUGCUAUUUUCUAUCUAUUAUAUCAAUUAUUUACAAAAGCUAGCAAAUUUGAAUGAAAAAGGAGAAGAUGAAGAUGGCGCAAGAAAGCGAAGAGGCGACGACAAAGACUCAGCAAAGAAGAAAAGAAAAAGAUAA